AUGGAGUCCUUUGAGGGCCUUAUCGACUAUUCCUCACUGGUGCCCUUAACUGCGGGUGAACGCUCUCGCGCCCAAGAGGCACUGAAUGAAAUUAUUGAUCAUGUUGCCAGUUAUGGUGGCAUCAAGUGCGGAUAUAGUCACCAUUUACUUGUCCUUCAUUCUUACAACAACUCGCAGUCUGAGCCAUCCAAAGAUACCUUCCUGCGCACUUUUUUCAAUAUCAUGGGGCGAGAUAUCAGCAGCAAUGAAGAUAUCAAUGUGGAUGAUGACCAGAUCCUUUCAAAAUUCAUUCACUUUGCCGACAUGCUCCUUGAGCAGUUCUUUGUCCCAAGUAUGAGCUGUACCACCCUCAGGGCCUCAAAUCCCCAUCAUUUUCAACUCACUCAAUUCUUUACAGUGAAAGCAAGUGGGAGGAUUCUAACCCCCCAACCCUCACCUGCACAGCUUUCUGCAAUCCAAAGCAUACAGUCACCACAUGAAAUCAUGGACACCUCGGAGCGAAUAUCACAUCUUCGGGCUCUUUGUCUUGUCCGUGAUCAGCAUCGUUGUGUAAUCUCGCGAGCCUUUGACUCUCAAGAGGCGCUGACACGAAUGAAACACCACGGUUUGGAUGCUCAGGAUGAUGAGGGGAGAAAGUUUGACAACAGUGUUCGAUUCAGUUUCUUAGAAGUGGCUCACAUAACUAAUUCCCCAUUCUCUGCUGCAGGGAAACGAAAAGUCCGAGCUGCCCACGGAAUGCAAUCAGCCUGGCCCACGAUUUUUCACAAGCACUUUGGCGACUUUGAGAUAUACUUUGAACCCAUUGAUGGUCAGGAGCAUACCUACCAUAUUAAAGGUUUUCUCCCUCCUAUUGUCAGGGCGAGUCUGGGGCUCCCUGUUACCCGCAAGCUCCUUUUCAGUGAAGGCAGGGCGGUACAUGCUCCUUUGCCCAAACUACUUGCUCUACACCGGGCCAUUGCUCAUAUCUUUCACCUGUCUGGAGCUGGUGAAUAUAUUGAUAAAAUACUCGGGGAAUUUGAAGAAAGAGGUGUGCAAGAGGACGGGUCCACGGAUCUGGGACGCAUCGUGAACCUAAGGCUUGGUGGGUGGUUUGAUGAUGAAGUUCAUUGA